CGGGUCAGCCGGGCCAUGGGGCAGCUGCUGCUGCGGGGGUACCGCAUGCUGGGGCGGUGCUGCCCCCACUGCGGGACCAUCCUGCUGCAGGACAAGCAGCAGCAGCUCCUCUGCGUGGCGUGCCAGGGGCUGGACGGCGACGGCGGGGGGGGGCCCGCCCCGGAGCCCCCCACCACCCCCCCGCCGCCCCCCCGCCAGCCGGCCGCCCCCCGCCCCGAGCACUGCGAGGGAGCCGCGACGGGGUUGCGGGGGGCCCCCCCCGGCCCCCCCAGUCCCCCCGGGCCCCCCGGGGAGGCGGCGGUGGGCGCUGCGCGGGCGGCGGUGCUGGAGAAGUUGGGGUGGGCGGCGCGGGAGCUGCCCCGCACGGCCUCGGCCGAGGGCAGCACCCAGCUCUGCGCCCUGGUGCGGGCCUGCGCCGAGGCGCUGGGGGGGCUGCAGGCCCUCGCCCCCCCCGGCACCCCCCCAUAA